AUGGUCGCGCCCACCAUCUCCCAUAAAGAAGCGCGAUCGCGAAGGUCGUAUAUACUUCCGUUUCCGGCCUUUCCGCCUUCUUUUCGUUCCGGUAGCGCUCCCGCAGACAUGGUGAACGUUCCUAAAACCCGCCAGACUUUUUGUAAGAAGUGUGGCAAGCAUCAACCCCACAAAGUGACACAAUACAAGAAGGGCAAAGAGUCUCUGUAUGCCCAGGGAAAGCGUCGUUAUGACAGGAAACAGAGUGGAUAUGGUGGGCAGACUAAGCCAAUUUUCCGGAAGAAGGCUAAAACUACAAAGAAGAUUGUGUUGAGGCUUGAAUGUGUUGAGUCAAACUGCAGAUCUAAGAGGAUGUUGGCUAUUAAGAGGUGCAAGCAUUUUGAACUGGGAGGAGAUAAGAAGAGAAAGGGCCAGGUGAUCCAGUUCUAA